GCCCAUACUUAUCAUCCCCAAACGAUUUGAUUUCAAAAAUCAUUCCUGCCCUCCCUCCCAAGCACAACGAAAUCAUCCAAAAAUGCGUGAGAUUCUUCACAUCCAAGGCGGCCAGUGCGGCAACCAAAUCGGAUCCAAGUUCUGGGAAGUGGUCUGCGCCGAGCACGGGAUCGACUCCACCGGUCGCUACCAGGGCGAUUCCGAUCUGCAGCUCGAACGCGUCAAUGUGUACUUCAACGAGGCUAGCUGCGGUCGCUUCGUCCCCCGCGCCGUCCUUAUGGAUCUUGAGCCCGGAACCAUGGACUCCGUCCGUUCCGGUCCCUACGGACAGAUCUUCCGCCCCGACAACUUUGUAUUCGGCCAAUCCGGCGCCGGAAAUAACUGGGCCAAGGGCCACUAUACCGAGGGCGCUGAGCUCAUCGACUCCGUCCUGGAUGUUGUUCGUAAAGAGGCAGAGAACUCUGAUUGCCUCCAAGGGUUUCAAGUGUGUCAUUCAUUAGGUGGAGGAACUGGUUCCGGCAUGGGGACGCUCUUGAUAUCGAAGAUAAGAGAGGAGUACCCGGACCGAAUGAUGCUAACAUUCUCUGUAUUUCCAUCGCCCAAGGUGUCUGACACGGUUGUGGAGCCCUACAACGCAACACUCUCUGUGCAUCAACUGGUUGAGAACGCUGAUGAGUGUAUGGUGUUGGAUAAUGAGGCUCUCUAUGAUAUUUGCUUCCGCACUCUCAAGCUUACCACCCCAAGCUUUGGAGAUUUGAAUCACUUGAUCUCAGCCACCAUGAGCGGUGUAACUUGCUGCCUUCGUUUCCCUGGUCAGCUGAACUCAGAUCUACGCAAACUAGCAGUGAAUCUCAUACCUUUCCCGCGUCUCCACUUCUUUAUGGUUGGUUUUGCGCCCCUAACUUCUCGUGGUUCACAGCAGUAUCGUUCCCUCACUGUCCCAGAACUCUCCCAACAGAUGUGGGAUUCCAAAAACAUGAUGUGUGCUGCUGAUCCCCGUCAUGGCAGGUAUCUGACCGCAUCAGCAGUGUUCCGUGGAAAGCUGAGCACCAAAGAGGUUGAUGAGCAGAUGAUGAAUGUUCAGAAUAAGAACUCUUCAUACUUCGUCGAGUGGAUCCCAAACAAUGUGAAAUCCAGCGUAUGUGACAUUCCACCAACGGGUCUCAAGAUGGCUGCAACUUUCAUUGGCAACUCCACUUCCAUACAGGAGAUGUUCAGGAGGGUGAGUGAGCAGUUCACUGCAAUGUUCCGCAGGAAGGCCUUUUUGCAUUGGUACACGGGAGAGGGGAUGGAUGAAAUGGAGUUCACCGAAGCUGAGAGCAACAUGAAUGAUUUGGUUGCAGAGUACCAGCAGUAUCAGGAUGCCACUGCGGAUGAGGAAUAUGAAGAAGAAGAAGAAGGUGAUGAUGAAGGACAAUACCUGUAAGAGAUGUGGUGUGUGUUUAUGGAUGUGACUAUUGUUGUGGUCUAGUUUUUUCUAAUUAGAUUUAUUAUUGUUGUUCUAGGACGUAGCUAGUAUGAUAUUUCUGUCGUAUGCAUUGUGUUGAAGUCGCCACCAGGACUAAACACAAAAAGAGGAAAAAGAAAAAUUGGCUAGUGGUUCUCAUUGGAAACCACCUUUCUACUCCAAUGGUAGGUUUAAAGUCUACUUUCUUCGGAAGUUCGGAGUGGGAUUUACUGGUUUUGUUAGGUUCGGUUUUUGUUAACCUACUGUACCGGUAAUUCUAUGGUAUUUAUGGUAGAAUCUCUGGUGAAGAGUGGAGCUGGGACCGGCUUGCCAUCUAGUGUUCUCACCUGCGCGAUGUACGGUCGAAAUAAAUAACCUUGUUUUAAUCAAAAAAAUAUUGAAAUCUAA